UGCAAAUUGAUGAUCAAUGGUGCAUUUUAUUUCAAACCUAUGAUUUGCCAACACUAUCAAGUGUCACUUUAUUCUCUGUAAACAUAUUUUGCUUCGAUUCAUAAUGAAGCCGAGCGGCUCGCCGUCCGUUCCUCCUGCUACUGCUGCUUGAACGGCGGACGUGCAGGGACUCUGUGAGGCUGCGGUGCGCCACCGCAGGAGUCCAGAUGGGUAGCACGACGUCCUGCUGCGUCCCCGCCACCCCGAAAGUCCACUCCAGACUGGAAGAGGACCACACGGAACCGAACCUACGCCAGGAGGAGACACUAACAAAGAACAAUCUGCAACACAUCAGUGACAUCGAGAACAUGGACGAAUUGGACAUGAUGUUGAGUCCAGCAGAUCAUCCUCAAAGCUGCACCAUGUUCCUCAGCAAAUCCAUGAAUGACGUACGAGAAAGACAGAAGAUUCAUUUCAUCCGCUACCGCGGUCCGACCAGCAGAUGGAAGUAUAGCUCCUGCUCCACUAUCUUUCUUGAUGAGAACACGGUCAGCAGACCUCACCUGAAAUACACUAUCAAAUGUGUCGCGUUGGCAAUUUACUACCACAUAAAGAACAGGGAUGACAACGAAACGCCGCUUCUGGACAUUUUUGACGAGAGGCUUCACCCUCUCUCGAGAUCGCAGCAGGUGCCUGGCGACUACGAUCGCCGGGACCCAGAUCAGAGGCAGGUUUAUCGCUUUGUCCGCACGCUCUUCUGCGCCGCGCAGCUCAGGUCUGAGUGCGCCAUUGUCAUGCUGGUGUACCUGGAGAGGCUUCUGACGUACGCGGAGGUCUCCAUGAGUCCCGCUACGUGGAGACGAAUGGUGCUGGGUGCUGUCCUGCUGGCGUCCAAAGUGUGGGACGACCAGGCAGUGUGGAACGUGGACUACUGUCACAUCCUCAAAGACAUGACCGUGGCCGACAUGAACGAUCUGGAGCGUCACUUCCUAGAGCUUGUGCAGUUCAACAUCAACGUGCCUUCGAGUGUUUAUGUCAAGUAUUACUUUGACCUGCGCUCGCUCUCAGAGGCCAAUGACCUCAGCAUCCCGCUGGAAGCCCUCAGCCACCAGAAGGCCCAAAAGCUGGAGGCUAUUUCCAGACUGAGUGAAUCCGCAUUCAAGGAAGCACGGCGAGCCUCCAGGAAGCGUUCGGCUAGUGUGGAUCACCUGGACGGAGACACGUGGCUUCCUGCCAUCCUCUCUUAAAACCACCAUAUUGGUGGACAUGUUGCCGAGCAGCCUCUGAGAUGCAACUCUUUGAAUUUUUUAAAAAUGUAUUUCUUUUUAGAUUUAAGUAUUUCCAAAGACUGUUGAAUUCAUGAAAGCUUGACUUUCUAUCUGCUUCUUUCCCACUAUCAGUUAAAGAAAACCACAAAAGAGUCAUCUGUUCUAGUUUUUCUUUUCUAUUACCUCCACAGCAUUGGUGGAAUGACGUGAGGCGUUUCGAUCGCAUUUUAUGGAGUUUCAUAUUUCAAGCGGGAUUAAAC